AUGACGGCCGAGAGCGGGCCGCCGCCGCCGCAGCCCGAGGCGCUGGCGGCCGUGAAAGAAGAGCGCGGCGAGGCCGCGGCGGCAGGGCCCGGGGUCCCGGCGGAGGCCGCGGGCCGCAGCGCGGGUGGGCGGCGACGCAAGCGCCCCCUGCAGCGCGGGAAACCGCCCUACAGCUACAUCGCGCUCAUUGCCAUGGCCAUCGCGCACGCGCCCGAGCGCCGCCUCACGCUGGGCGGCAUCUACAAGUUCAUCACCGAGCGUUUCCCCUUCUACCGCGACAACCCCAAAAAGUGGCAGAACAGCAUCCGCCACAAUCUCACGCUCAACGACUGCUUUCUCAAGAUCCCACGCGAGGCCGGCCGCCCGGGCAAGGGCAACUACUGGGCGCUUGACCCCAAUGCCGAGGACAUGUUCGAGAGCGGCAGCUUCCUACGCCGCCGAAAGCGCUUCAAGCGCUCGGACCUCUCCACGUACCCGGCCUAUAUGCACGACGCCGCGGCAGCCGCUGCGGCCGCUGCAGCCGCCGCCGCUGCGGCCAUCUUCCCGGGCGCAGUACCCACCGCGAGGCCGCCCUACCCGGGGGCCGUCUAUGCGGGCUACGCGCCGCCAUCGCUCGCCGCGCCACCUCCUGUCUACUACCCCGCCGCGUCGCCGGGCCCUUGCCGCGUCUUCGGCCUGGUUCCUGAGCGGCCGCUCAGCCCAGAGCUGGGCCCCGCGCCGUCUGGGCCCGGCGGCUCCUGUGCCUUUGCCUCGGCAGGAGCCUCCGCCACGACCGCCGGCUACCAGCCGGCCGGCUGCGCAGGAGCGCGCCCGUCCAACCCCUCGGCCUACGCGGCCGCCUAUGCCGGCCCCGACGGCGCGUACCCCCAGGGGGCCAGCAGUGCGCUCUUCGCUGCCGCUGGCCGCCUGGCGGGACCCGCUUCGCCCCCCACGGGUGGCAGCAGUGGCGGCGUGGAGGCCGCAGUGGACUUUUAUGGGCGCGCAUCGCCGGGCCAGUUCGGAGCGCUUGGGCCCUGCUACAAUCCUGGCGGGCAGCUCGGAGGGAGCAGUGGUGGGGUCUACCAUUCCCGCCAUGCCGCUGCCUAUCCUGGCGCGGUGGAUCGGUUCGUGUCGGCCAUGUGA